UCUGUCAAUUACGUACACUCGUGUCACAAAAUGCAACACGACAACGAUGCAAAACUGUUUAUGAUUGCACAGACUCUACAGUGUUGUGGCUUCUACAUGGAUUUGUUUUAUCUAGCUAUCUAUUGAAAAAGUUAUUGUUGAGGUCCGAGCAUAGCUGAAAAUUCCUUAUCGAUGUGUCAGUGCAACUCGAUAAUCAAAUAAUUCGGACUAAAUGGACACGGGAAAGUGCUGAACAUGACUCCAUUGGCGCCGUGGUUCUACCGAUACAAACGUUACUGAGUAGUUCGAGGUUGCCAGACUUCAUUUGUCCAGACUGUUUUUCAUUUAGACAAAGCCAACUCCGGCUAGAAGACACGGAAUACAGUAUUUAUUUUUCUUGUUGAAAAUAGUAUGAAUUUCAUAAUGAGAGUUCGCUUUAAAUUGUAAAUGUUCAUAUUAUCUAGUUAGCUAACUGCGUUUUAACACGUUAGCCAAGAAGCUAGCUAGCGUUAGCAUUUUUUGUCAUUUAACGUUACCUAGCGUAAUUGUUUUCUCUGAAAUAGUUAGCUAACGUUAGUUAGCUAUAAAAAUGACACCUAUAGCAACAGGUAUAUUGCAGAAAUUACAAGUUAACAAAUAUACGCAGCAAUUUAGUUAGGCAGUGUUUCUGUUGUCAGACAAUUAGCUAGUUAACGUUAGCCUAACAACUUUGGCUUGUUAAUACGCGUAACGUUAGUUUUGUAAACAGCUCGCUGGACUCUCAACAAGCGGACCGAAUUAUGCGGCCUUUACAUGGAAACUGAUUAACAAGCUACAGUAGUGGAUCCAACAAGGAGAAGAGGUGUUCUUCAAAGCUUGCGGUUUACUCCAUUGUUUCAAGUUGGAUAUUUUGAUGCGCCUGGGCUGGGAGACAUAGCCUACUUGUGGUAAACCCUGAAUCUGUCGUUGCUGCACUUGUCAAACAUAUUUUAUCGUUUAUGCAUCACAAUGUCGGCUAUCUCUGCGACUGAGAAAGUGGACGGGUUCACGCGAAAAUCAAUGAGGAAAGCCCAGAAACAGAAGAAAUCUCAAGGGUCGUCCCAGUUCCGAACUCAAACCCUUACCGAGCUUUCCCCCUUGCCGCAGCUCAAAGAUGCGCCCUCCACGGAGCAGCAGGAGCUGUUCACCCAGAAACUCCAGCAGUGCUGCAUGUUGUUUGACUUCAUGGACUCGGUCACCGACCUGAAGAGCAAGGAGAUCAAGCGGGCCACGCUCAACGAGCUGGUGGACUACGUCUCCACCAACAGGGGCGUCCUGGUAGAGACUGCCUAUCCGGAGAUCUCUAAUAUGAUCUGCACCAACAUUUUGCGGACUCUUCCACCGAGUGACAACCCCGAUUUUGACCCAGAGGAGGACGAGCCCACUCUAGAGGCCUCAUGGCCACACAUACAGCUUGUCUAUGAGUUCCUUCUGCGAUUCUUGGAGAACCCAGACUUUCAGCCCAGCAUCGCCAAGCGUUACAUUGAUCAGAAGUUCGUGCUGCAGCUCCUGGAACUGUUUGACAGCGAGGACCCCCGGGAGAGGGACUUCCUGAAGACUGUCCUGCAUCGGAUCUACGGGAAGUUCCUGGGGUUGCGGGCUUUCAUCAGGAAGCAGAUCAACAACAUCUUCUUGCGGUUCAUCUACGAGACCGAUCACUUCAAUGGAGUGGCCGAGCUCCUGGAGAUACUGGGGAGCAUCAUCAAUGGCUUUGCACUGCCGUUGAAGGCGGAACACAAGCAGUUCCUGAUGAAGGUGCUCAUCCCCAUGCACACCGCCAAAGGACUGGCCCUGUUCCACGCACAGCUGGCCUACUGUGUUGUCCAGUUCCUGGAGAAGGACCCCACCCUCACCGAACCGGUGAUUCAGGGGCUGUUGAAGUUUUGGCCCAAAACCUGUAGCCAGAAGGAGGUGAUGUACCUGGGGGAAAUCGAGGAGAUCCUGGAUGUCAUUGAGCCCACCCAGUUCAAGAAGAUUGAAGAGCCCCUUUUCAAGCAGAUCUCCAGAUGUGUGGCCAACGCCCACUUCCAGGUAGCAGAGCGAGCCCUCUACUUCUGGAACAAUGAGUAUAUCCUGAGCCUCAUUGAGGAGAACAUCGACAAGAUUCUGCCAAUCAUGUUUGGUAGCCUGUACAGAAUCUCCAAAGAACACUGGAACCCGACGAUUGUAGCUCUGGUCUACAAUGUGCUGAAGACCCUGAUGGAAAUGAACAGCACGCUAUUUGAUGAGCUGACAGCCUCUUACAAAUCAGACAGACAGCGGGAGAAGAAGAAGGAGCAGGAGAGGGAGGAGCUGUGGAAAAAGCUGGAUGAGUUGAAGCUGAGCGAUGCUGCAGCACUGGUGCAGAACAACAGCCACGGGCUCCAGAACGCUGCCCAAAACAACAACAACAACAACAACAAUCACCACGACAACCAGGAGAAGAGCACCGCUGUCGCUGCUGACCAUGAAGACCCUGUAGUCGCCAUGGAUACCACGGAGAGUGUUGAGGUCCUCACAAGUGCCAAAUGACACAGGACUCCAUUUUGUACUCUAACGGUUUCAAGGCCGUCUGAGAACUGUCAGGGAGGGGCUUGGGGGUGACGGGGAGGAGGGGUCUGACAAAAUAGCAAAAAAAAUACAUAAUUAAACCUCAUCAGUAUGUUCAAUCUAUAUACAGUAAAACUACUUCAAAUGCCAGCAAUUCUCCUUUGGCAGAAAACGUAUAUUUCAACUUAAGACUAUUUUGGGAUGUUACAGUGUGGCCACAGUAUAUUGGUAAACUUAUCCUUUCACAUAUACUUUCUUAACUGAGAAAAUAUUUGUGAUAUUCAAUGUAUAAAAAUAAUGACUUGAAAAUAAAGUUUCUGAUUGUGCUGCACUUAGAGAAGCUAAUUGGCUAUUGUAAGAUUUGUCUUUUGAAUGUGCUUUCAUCAUUGCUGACAACACUGGUGCAAACUUUAGGGAAGAGGGGUUCAGGGGGAGAGCUUUAGAGGGUGGGUGGAGACCAUGGGAGACCAUGGAGACAGGAAUGUGUUCAUAGUCCCUACCAAGGAGACCUGAGUGAAUGUCAUUAUCAUGAGGUCUUGUGUUUUCGGGUGUUUGAUAUACUUAUCUGAAUACAUGAUGCUUAACAUUAUAGCUGUUAUUAUAACACAUUCAAGACCUGCAGCCAUAAAACCUAUUUACAGUAAGUAUUUGAAAUGAGCUUAGUUUAGAGAAACGAAUGAUGAAACGGGCACAGAUUUACGUACGUAUAACAUAUUUUUCCAGUCUAAAUAGAGAAUCAAUUAAUUAAAAAAGCAGAUGUAGAAAAAAUAAUUGAGCCAUAUAUUUUUUUCCAGAGUAUUGUUAAAGACAGAGAUGUUGAUUUUUGAAACCAGGUGGUGGCAAAUUGUCUGGUUUCUGCAGAUUAAACAUGGCUGGAUGCAGUGUGUGUAUGGGGGUUGGGGGAGUUUGCUUUAAAGUGAGUGUCUAUUGUAGGUCCAGUCUUUUCUGAUGCCUUUCUGUCAGUGUACCAUUCCAAUCUCUGUGACAUACAACUGUGUGGGGAACCUGUUUUGUAAUGACAGACCUUAUCUAGGUUUUGAACACCAUCAAAAUAAAGUCUACCUUAUGUUUCUA